AUGGGGAGAGGGAGUAAGUUGGCCUUUGCGUCUUUGUUUGGGCUUAGGAGUAAGAGGACGCAGGAGCAGGAAGAGCAGGAUGCUGCGGCGAGGCGGCAGCAACAGCAGGAGGAGAGGUACCGCCGGGGCACGAGGGUGCGGCCAAGCGACGACGACUACUACUACGGCCGCCACUGGUAUGCCGACCGCGACAUCAACCGCAAGGCCUCCGAGUUCAUCGACAGGGUGCACCGUGGGAUGCUCACCAACGACGAGCAAGACCAAAACGAGUAG